UUGCACCUUUUAAGUGGCAAAAAUUCGGGACAGAAAAUGGCGACGGCGGGGAGCCGGACCUCGUCGUCGGGAUUAUUAGAUUCAGACGAGUGUGCGAAUGUUGGAUGCGGACUUCAACUUCAGGGUGGUUGUAGUGCGCCUAGUCUUCCGAGCAGUCCCGGCAAGGUGAAGAGAAACGCCGGGGAAAACACGCAGUGGAGACGGAAAGAGCUGCGGAAAGUGAGGAGCGUGGAUCUGGAGAAAGCCGAGAGCGGCGCGGCUCCCAUCGCGGCACAGCUCCACUACUUAUCCGUGUCCUCUCCUGCCGCCGUGCAGGCCACUCUAUCCCAGCACAGCCGGCAUGUCCAGCACAGCAAUUCACUAACUGAACAUCCUCUUCUUGACAAAACAAGCAAUAGUUUGUCUCCAGGCGCUCAGGAAUUACCGAAAACUUCUUGUAGAAGCAGCAGCGAGCAGCUCAGCGCUGAACAUGCAGCUCCCGGAACUUCAGUGGACGUGAACUCCAUACAGCAGAGCCGUGACAUGGAGAACAAAGAGACGCUGCGUGGGCUGCAAAAGAUGGAGGAUCGGCCGGAGGAGCGCAUGAUCCGGGAGAAGCUCAAGGCCACCUGCAUGCCCACCUGGAAACACGAGUGGCUGGAGAGGAGGAACAAGAGAGGCCCAGUGGUCGUGAAGCCCAUUCCCCUGCGGCCAGACAGCAGUGAAACUGGACGGCUGGGGCUCGAGGCAGGCAGCGACAGCGCAAGUUCCUCUUCCUCUCAGAGCAGAGGCCGUCGCAGCCCCUCCCCUGGACCUUCCUCAUCCUCCAUCUCUUCUACUUCCUCAUCUACCAAGAUGGCUGGGAAACCAGAGUCCCCCGGCGUUCGCAGGAAGCGGGCAUCCCCAGUUCCUUUUCAGAGCGGCAGGGUAACACCUCCUCGACGAGCGCCAUCACCUGACGGCUUCUCCCCUUACAGUCCUGAAGAGACCAAUCGCAGGGUCAACAAGGUCAUGAGGGCCCGUCUUUACUUACUCCAGCAAAUUGGACCUAACUCCUUCUUGAUUGGAGGAGACAGCCCUGACAAUAAAUACCGUGUGUUCAUUGGACCUCAGACGUGCAGCUGUGGUCGAGGGGCCUUCUGCAUCCAUGUGCUUUUCGUCAUGCUGAGAGUGUUCCAGUUGGAGUCAUCUGACCCACUGCUCUGGAGAAAGACCCUCAAAAACUUUGAGGUGGAGAGCUUAUUCCAGAAGUACCACAAUCGGCGAAGCUCACGAAUCAAAGCACCGUCUCGCAGCACUAUCCAGAAGUUUGUGUCGCGCAUGUCCAACUCUCAUACUAUCUGCACCUCCAGCUCCUCGCCCUCCAGCAACGAGAGCAGUAUGAAGGAUGAGGAAGAGCAGAUGUGUCCAAUCUGUCUGCUGGACAUGCUGGAUGAGGAGAGUCUGACUGUGUGUGAGGAGGGCUGCAGAAAUAAGCUGCACCACCACUGCAUGUCCAUAUGGGCAGAAGAAUGUCGGAGAAACCAUGAACCCCUGAUCUGCCCUCUGUGUAGGGCCAAGUGGAAGUCGCACGAUUUUUACAGUCACGACCCAGCAUCUACAGUGGAAAACUCCAUAAGUCGUUCUCAGAGCCUGGUAUCUUCAUCCACCGCUUCAUCAUCCUCCCAUGCUGAAGGUCAGAGGGCAGGUCAUGAGGGAGACUUUUCUCUCCCCCACUACGGAGUGCAGCAAAUCCCUCAGACUUAUAAAGAACUGGCUGAGCCAUGGAUCAAGGUGUUUGGUAUUGAGCUGGUAGGCUGUCUGUUCUCCCGGAACUGGAACAUCAGAGAGAUGGCACUGCGUCGGCUGUCACAUGACGUGAGCGGCGCUCUGCUGCUGGCCAAUGGCGAGUACUCGAUGGCGAGCGUGACAGCAGGAGCAGGGGCCGGUAUCGGAGUAGCAGGGAGUGAAAUCUCAGGGGAAGUGGUGGUGGAAUCAUGCUGCAGUGUUCUCUCUAUGGUGUGUGCAGACCCUGUCUAUAAAGUCUACGUGGCUGCACUGAAAACCUUGCGGGCCAUGCUGGUCUACACGCCAUGCCACAGUCUGUCGGAGCGCAGUCGCCUGCAGCAGCUGCUCCGGCCCGUGGUCGAGACCAUCUUGGUUAAAUGCGCCGACGCCAACAGUCGCACCAGUCAGCUCUCCGUGUCCACCCUACUGGAGCUUUGUAAAGGCCAGGUUGGAGAGCUUGCUGUUGGUAGAGAGAUUCUCAAAGCAGGUUCUAUCGGUAUAGGUGGAGUGGACUAUGUGCUGAACUGUAUCCUGGGUUCCCAGACAGAGGCGAAUAACUGGCAGGCUCUUCUAGGGCGCUUGUGUCUGAUAGACAGGUUGCUGCUGGAGUUUCCGGCAGAGUUUUACCCCCAUAUCGUCACAGCUACAGACUGUGGACAUCCCCAGAAUCAGGUGGAGAGGUACCAGAAACUGCUGCGUCUGCUGAGCUUUGCGCUGCAGUCCAUCGAUAACUCGCACUCCAUGGUAGGGAAGCUGUCUCGCCGUGUGUUCCUGAGUGCCGCCCGCAUGGUGGCCCGCGUUCCCCACGUGUUUGUCAAACUGCUGGAUAUGCUGAGUGUCACCAGCUCCACCCACUAUGCCCGAAUGCGCCGGCGCCUGCUGGCCAUUGCAGAGGAAAUGGACAUCCUGGAUGCCGUGCACCUUGGCCUUGAGGAUGUGCAGGGGGGCGCUGGACCGCACUGUGACGCCUUUCUGGAUCCCGCAGCUCCUCACAACUCGCCCAAUUCCACUGAGAGGAACUCACCCACUCACUGCCUGCAGGAAAAGCCCUGUGGUAAAGUAGCUCGAUGUGGAGCGGUCAGUGCCAAAACCAUAGACGAUAUGUCAGACAGGUUGGCAUGUAUCACCACUGGACCUGCUGACUGUCCAAAACCCCCAGUUCAACUGCGUGGCCCUCUUAGACCCCUGAGCCAGUGUCUUAAUUCACAUUCGCCCUCGUCCAGUCAGCCGCCCCCACUCCCCUCCCCUUCUACCUCUCAAGCCCGGCCACAGGGUUUUGUCCCUGGCAAGCUCACUAACUGCUCCCCUGGUGCCCAACGUAAAUUCCCAAUUCCUAAGGGUGCUUGUGGAGGAGGGACCAGUAAAGACCCUGAAAAGCUGCCUUCCCCUGUGUUCCCCCAACCUAGGCCUCUGCCUUCCAGCCACAUCCAUCGUCCCAAACCCUCAAGGCCUUCUCUCUCUCCUUCCACCUCAUCUGAGGCAGCUAAAGCUCUGUGCCUAGGUCCCAACAGCAAUCAACAGCUCAAUCUUCAGGACAUUUCUCCAGGGGAGGGUGCAAGGUGCAGUGCCAGCUCUGUGUUUGUCCCUAGCGACGAUGCGGUCUUCACACCCGUGGACGAUAAGUUCCACGGCCUGGACGCUUCUGCAGAGCUCAAUUCCAGCAUGGAGGAUCUUCUGGAAGCCUCCAUGCCAGUGGCGGACAGCACAGUGACGUUCCAGUCUGAGGUGGCGGUGUUGUCACCAGAGCAGGCUGGUUCAGAUGAUGCAUACAGCCAGGAUGUGACACAGAACCAGAAGUGCAAGGAGAAAAUGGAGGCCGAAGAAGAGGAGGCGCUCGCCGUCGUCAUGGCAAUGUCAGCAUCCCAAGAUGCCCUACCCAUCAUCCCGCAGUUGCAGGUGGAGAAGGAGGAGGAUGUCAUCAUCAUACAGGUGGAUACGCCAGAGACACUGCCUGGUCAUACCAAAGCUAAACAGCCCUACCGUGAGAGUGCAGAGUGGCUGAAGGGCCAGCAGAUCGGCCUGGGAGCGUUCUCCUCCUGCUACCAAGCCCAGGAUGUCGGCACCGGAACACUGAUGGCCGUCAAACAGGUGACCUAUGUGAGGAACACAUCAUCUGAGCAGGAGGAGGUGGUGGAGGCGCUGCGGGAGGAGAUUCGGAUGAUGAGCCACCUCAAUCACCCCAACAUCAUCCGCAUGCUGGGCGCAACCUGCGAGAAGAACAACUAUAACCUGUUUGUGGAGUGGAUGGCAGGUGGCUCUGUCUCUCAUCUGCUGAACAAGUACGGUGCCUUUAAGGAAGGUGUGGUAAUCAACUACACAGAGCAGCUGCUCCGAGGUCUGGCCUACCUCCACGAGAAUCAGAUCAUCCACCGUGACAUCAAAGGUGCCAACCUGCUGAUUGACAGCACAGGUCAGAGGCUGCGGAUAGCCGACUUUGGUGCAGCGGCGAGGCUGGCCUCCAAGGGCACGGGCGCAGGAGAGUUCCAGGGGCAGCUCCUCGGCACCAUCGCCUUCAUGGCCCCUGAAGUGCUGAGAGGGCAGCAGUAUGGCCGUAGCUGUGACGUGUGGAGUGUGGGCUGUGCCAUCAUCGAGAUGUCCUGUGCCAAGCCACCGUGGAACGCAGAGAAACACUCCAACCACCUGGCACUCAUAUUCAAGAUUGCCAGUGCUACCACAGCACCCACCAUCCCUCCUCACAUUUCUCCGGGCCUGAGAGACGUCACCCUGCGCUGUCUAGAGCUGCAGCCUGCCGACCGGCCGUCCUCACGCGAGCUCCUCAAACACCCUAUCUUCCGCCAUAACUGGUAACACUGAGUGUCCAGGAACUACUGAAGUGCCUGUCCAGGCUGCCCCAUCACUGCUGUCCCCCCUUCCGCACUAGCACUAGCUCAGCUCAGCUCAGCACACACACACUGGGCCCUUUACUGCUGUAGCCUCAGCACAUAAUGCAAAAGCAGCCCAUCGAGUGCCUUUACAAACGCGUCAUGUCUCUUCACUGCAUUCUGUUUCUAUGUUAAACCGAGUCUCUGCUCCUUCCUGCACUGUUUCUUGCCAUUUCAAUCACAGCAAGGUGCUGAAAAGCUUUUAAAUUGAAAUCUCUCUAACUGGAGCAAGAUUGUUGUUGUUUUUUUGGGGGUGUGUUUUAAGUAAAGGUGUAAUAAUUUUGUUUUAAGUGGUGGAAUUUAUUUUUAAAUCUUUUGCAUUUAACCGUUACUUCAUAUUUGUGCAUUUUACUGUUGGGCCAUCAUGUUUUUCUUUCGUGACGUCUAGAAACACCAUGAACAGGUUUCAGGGAAAGGUGAUGCUAAACAGAAACUUGGCUAUUUCAGCUAGCGUAAUGCUCAAUGUGAAUGCUUAGAACGCUGGUAUCUGUCUAAAUGUAUCUUUUUAUUUUUCCAAUCUCAACGGAAAUCCCGUGUAAAAAUAUAUGAUUUCAUACGCGUUAAGGGCGGAGUUGAGGAUACAUUUAUUAGCUUUCUGGGUUUAACUGAGUUUUUAAUAUUGAGACCAGCAAAUUGUUUUUGAACCUCUAACUGAACUUAUAACUUGUGAUGUUACGUUAAAAAAAACCCAUCAAUUUGCAGUUCAGUUUCCUUCGCGUUCUGUGAUGGCAUGUUAGCAUGUACAUGAGCCUUCAUUGUAAACAGUGUAAUUUUAUUCAGAAGGCUGUUUUUUUUUUUGUUGUUGUUGUUGUUUGUUUGUUUUUUACCGGAAAUUUCCUCAACUGCAUUCUUGGUGCUGUUCAAAUCUGAUGCGAAUAAUCAAUGUUGUUGAUUUUGAGAUUAUUGUCAUUAAAAAUAUCCAGUGCAUGUUUUAAGCGAUCGUUGUCCAGCCGAGCAUUUGAGAUUCACCUCAGGCUGAAUAUAAGCGCUGUUAGCUGUUUAUGGUGGAGGGAUAUUACGGAGCUUGCGCCUUUCUUUCUCAUCAAUGUUCUUUUCAGGGGGAACGAGUCUGCUCAUCUUUUUGAUUAGGAACACUGAACUUGUUCAUUUUAAAAUCAUAAUAACUGUAUGAAUUGUAACUCUUCAAGUGUUGGUGGUGUUCUUGUAAGCUGUUAAACCAUGAUGUUGCUCAGUUUUGAGAAUCCAAAAUGUUUCUUUCUGGGGUUUUUUUUUUUUUUUUUUUUUUUUUUUUUCUUUUUUGGGCAAACCCCCUAAUCAAAUGAAGGGGUGUCAAAAAAUUUGUGACAAUUUUUAAAGAGAAUUUUUUUUUAGAAAAAAAGAAAUAAAACUAUAUUUAAUGCACGUUUUGUGUGGGAUACAAGCUGAUCAGGCUUGAAGAGUUAAGAUGUAAAUAUAUGUGAAAUUUUUGGUAGCUAAAAUUAUUUUACUUGACUCAUGUAUUUUUAUACCACACUUUUUCCAUAAAUACAUAUUUUUGUUUCUCUUUGGGUUUAUUUUAACUUUAUCUUUCUUUUUAAUGUCUUUAUAAAAAGCUUUAAGAUUAUGCACUCUGUCGUUUUAUAUACUGGAAAAAAAUCUGAUUCAUUAAAAUGCAUAAAAGCUAAUCAGUAUUACUGAAAUAUGUCAUACCUGUAAUUCAGUACUUCAAUUGUUUAUUGAUUUUUCUUUCUUCUCUUGCUGUUAUGUAUUUUAUUUUACACUUAUAUUGUUGUAUUUUUGCCCUUUUUAUGGAUCAGAGCUGGACUGAAAUUGUGAAAUAAUGCUGUUUCUUGUCACUUGGUACUUUUUCCUUUUUUUUUGUUUUGUUUUUUUUUGUUUGUUUUUCUUCUUCUUUCUUCUUCUUUUUUUAUUACGAAGACUUGCUGUUUUAUUCCAGUCUCUACUACCUCAGGUGUCCUAUAGAGUUUCCUUUACCAAAGUUCACUUUCUCAAUACAUACAUACAUACAUACAUUUUUAUAUAUAUAUAUAUAUAUAUAUAUAUAUAUAUAUAUAUAUAUAUAUAUAUAUAUAUAUAUAUAUAUAUAUAAAAUGUAUGUGUGUAUAUAUAAAAUAUUCUUUUGACUGUUAUUUGUUUAUUUUAAUCUCUGUUUUCCAGGGCUUAGGGGCUAAUUUUAUAUUAGCACCAUUUUUAUUGUGCAAAUAGACUCAUGAAACCUCUGGGUUAAGGAAACAGAACAAUUGGCUUAAGCUAUAUUCUUUCAUUUUAAGCAUAUUGAAAUGUUUAAUUAAAGUUAAAGUUUUUAUCCCAUUGCAAACCUUUUUAUAACAAAAUUGACUUAUUUUGGUGUUCGUCUUUAGCAAAUAAAAAUGGGAAAUUGGUCUUA